UAAUUAUUUUCCUAUUACCAUCUCACAAUGGAAUUUCCAGAGACUGGCAAACACUGCUCGGUAAAGGACUGCAAAUUGUUGGAUUUCUUGCCAUUUGUAUGCGAGCACUGUCAGACCGUCUUCUGUAAAGAACAUUUCAAUAUGGACUCACACAAAUGUUUAAAAAUGGAGAACUCAACGAAAUCCAUUGGUGAACAGUCGGCGAGCUUUCUAUGUUCUAAAGAGUCUUGCAAGGAUUUAUCACCAAUCGAGAUGCCUUGUAUCAAAUGCAAACAGCAUUUUUGUGUGGCACACAGGCAUCAUGGAUGCUUGGAGUUGAGCGAAACAGAGAAGACACAGAAACUGAAGAAGUGGCAGAUACCAAAGAAACAGUUUGCAGAAGCUAAGGCUAUAGUAGAUCAACAAAUCACAGACAGUUUGAAGAAAUCCAAGAAUACAGCACUAGCAAAUAAGGUACAACUCAUGCGUGUAAAAUGUUCCGCGAUUGGUCCUAAAAAUGUACCAACGAGUGAGAGAAGUUACUUUCUCGUGCAUCUGCCGCUCACAUUUAAAAAUAAGCACAUAGGCACGUCGAAAGGUACCUUCGUCAACAUGCAUUGGACGAUUGGCAAAUGCAUCGACUCGAUGGCGGACACGCUCAAAGUUCCCAACGAUAAUAACACAGCCACCGCGAAUAAAUUGAAGCUCUUCCGACAUUCUACCGGAAAUUUGAUAUGCAGUAAGAUGGAGACGCCUUUAAUGAAAUUGUUUGAGGAUUCUGCUGUUUUCGAUGGAGAGCGAGUUAUCUUGGAGUAUUCUGAUAAUGUACCUGAUAAUGUUGUAGAUCCAUCUUUAUAUACAUAAGUGUUGUACGCAUAUUACUUUAUUGUAAUGAAAUGUCUGCAAAUAACAGUCCAAUAGUUCACUAACUAUGCAAAUAUU